GCGAGAUUUUGCUACAAAACACGACUUCCGGUACCCCUUUGCUUUGAGCAACAGUGUCAGAAGUUGGCUCUCAUGGGAGCACAUGAAGGCAACUCUUUGCUGCUGGUGACAUUAGUGAAGCCAGCAGUUCUUCAACAAUUUACCUGAUGCAUCUUGUCACAAAUCACUGCGGUCUGCACCAGGAACAUGGAGAAGAUGUCACGGGUCACCACAGCCCUCAGCAGCAGCACCGUCAAUGGGAGAACUAUGUUCUGCCACCUGGACGCUCCCGCCAAUGCCAUCGGCAUGUGCCGUGACGCCACACAGGUGGUGGUCGCAGGCCGAAACAUCUUCAAGAUCUAUGCCCUGGAGGAGGAGCAGUUUGUGGAAAAGCUGAACCUCAGAGUUGGCCGCAAGCCAUCACUCAACUUCAGCUGUGCAGAUGUGAUGUGGCACCAAAUGGAGGAGAACCUUCUGGCCACGGCUGCUACUAACGGGGCAGUGGUCACGUGGAACCUUGGAAAACCUUCUCGAAAUAAGCAGGACCAGCUGUUUACUGAGCACAAACGCACUGUCAACAAGGUGUGCUUCCAUCCAACAGAGGUUUACAUGCUGCUCAGUGGCUCACAGGACGGCUUCAUGAAGUGCUUCGACCUGCGCAAGAAGGAGUCUGUCAGCACGUUCUCAGGUCAGUCAGAGAGUGUGAGGGACGUUCAGUUCAGUAUGAAGGAUUAUUUCACGUUUGCUGCUUCCUUUGAGAAUGGCAACGUCCAGCUGUGGGACAUCAGGCGGCCGGACCGCUAUGAGCGAAUGUUUACCGCCCACACUGGUCCUGUGUUCUGCUGUGACUGGCAUCCUGACGACAGGGGCUGGUUGGCCACUGGUGGAAGGGACAAGAUGGUGAAAGUGUGGGACAUGACGACAAACAGGGCCAAAGAGGUUUAUUGUGUUCAAACGAUCGCCUCAGUGGCACGAGUAAAGUGGCGUCCUGAGAGGAAGUUUCAUUUAGCCACCUGCUCCAUGAUGGUGGAUCACAACAUCUACGUGUGGGACGUCCGGAGACCUUUCAUUCCCUUCGCCACCUUUGAGGAACACAAAGAUGUGACGACUGGUAUUGUAUGGCGCCACCAGCACGACCCUCACUUCUUACUCUCUGGCUCUAAGGACAGUACACUUUACCAACACAUGUUCAAAGACGCCACUCGUCCUGUGGACAAGGCAAACCCCGAGGGCCUGUGCUUUGGACUUUUUGGUGACCUGGCCUUUGCUGCCAAAGAGAGUCUGAUCAGCAGUGAUGCUAACAGGAAGCCGUACCCUGGAGGUGACCGCCGUUAUCCCAUCUUUUUCUUUAAGAAGCCCGACCCGACAGAACAGUUUGCUCAUGUGUCCAGUGCACUCAGCGUCUUUGAGACUGAUUUAGAUAGUAACCGAAUGGACUGGUUUGUGAAGACAGCACAACUCUACCUCCUGAGCGGGAAGCCGUUUGCUGAGCUGUGUGAUCACAACGCCAAGGUGGCCCGCGAGCUCAAAAGACCUCAGGUUUCUACAACAUGGACCAUGCUGAGAAUCAUGUUCUCUGACCCCGCAAACCUCACAACAGGUCCUAAUCACAACCUUGGUAAACUGGGCACACUGCCUUUAAUGAACAGUUUCAGCAUGAAGGAGAUGGGUUCAGGGAUGGGCACCGAGAGCCGGCUGGAGCGCAGUAAAGGAGAGAGCAGACAGGACAACAUCCACCUAGAGCCAGGGAACUCUCACAUCAGCAAUAAUAAUGAAGAAAACGAGGAGACAGAAGGCAGCGAGGGUCAGGCUGAGUACAUGUUCGGUGAUGCUGAAUUAGACGAUGAUGACCUUUACUCGAUGGAGCACGACAACCAAACAGAGGAGCAGGAGUACACGCUGCCCCAGGAGGCCUUCCAGCUGCGCCAUGAGAUCAUGGAUAACCCGUCAGCUCCGGAGCACCUUCAGCAGGACAAGGCUGACUCCCCACACGUCAGCGGGAACGAAGCAGAGGUCACCUGCCUGACGCCCAUCGAGUCCUUCUCUCUCAUCUCCAUCUCCCAGCCGUUGUUCAGCCCUCAUCUUCCAGCCAGCUUCUUCUGCCCCAUCGUGAGGGAGAUGCUGAGCUACUACGCCGAGCAGGGCGACGUGCAGAUGGCCGUGUCCGUGCUCAUCGUGUUAGGGGACCGCAUCCGUAAAGAGAUUGAUGACCUCACACAGGAGCACUGGUACAUGUCCUACAUUGACCUCCUGCAGCGGUUUGAGCUCUGGAACGUGUCCAAUGAGGUCAUCAAGUUGAGUACCUGCAGCGCCAUUACCUGUCUGAACCAGGCGUCGACAACCCUACACAUCAACUGCAGCAACUGCAAACGUCCAAUGAGCAACAAGGGCUGGAUCUGUGACAGGUGCCACCAGUGUGCCAGUGUUUGUGCAGUGUGCCACCAUGUGGUGAAGGGACUGUUUGUGUGGUGUCAGGGCUGUAGCCACGGAGGACAUCUGGAGCACAUCAUGAACUGGCUCAAGAGCAGCUCUCACUGUCCUGCUGGCUGCGGUCACCUGUGUGAGUACACCUGAAGUCACUGUGGACAGCGUUCACUGCUGCUGCUCUGUGGGAGCGGGAAUCACAUCGGUCGCCUGCCUUAAACACACUAGAGACAAACGCCGUGUGUUUGUACGUCCAUCCAGACUUUUUUUUUUUCCUUCUUCUUUGUUUAAAAAGAGAUGUUUCAAAGGUCUGGAUUUCAGAGAAAACACAUCGUGUGUGGUUUCAUUUUUGUAUUUGAAUGGUUGAACAUGUACAUAUACAGAAUUUACAACAGAUAUUCAGAUGACAAAACUGUUUAUUUUUUGAAGUCACUUUCUGCAGUUACAGUUUCUAACCUCUCAGUUUAAUUCUGGGCUGUGAAUGUUUGUACAUAAAACUUUUUGAAGGACUGUAGAUAAUAUUGCAUUAACUUAUAAGUGCAACUCUCCAUUCAAGCAGUACAUUAAAAUGACACAUUAUGUUUUCACAGCUAUAUUUAACACAUUUCUUAUCAUUGCUUCAGCUUCUUACUCCAUUCUGCUGAAUGGCACGUCAGGUUUACUGCCCUUGUUUUGUUCUGCUGCCGCAGAAAGGAUAAAAGUUUGGCUCCAGGGCACCUCGGUGAGAUGAGGAGCACUACUUAUUCAUUGCGCCCAACUGCACUUAGCACUCAUGGGAUCAGAAACUGGAAAACCUGCCAAAAUCUACAGCCUGAAGUCCAGCAGCUGGACACAAUAUGUGCCUCUAAGAGUAACAUCAGCUUUUAAAACUAGAGCAACUAAGAUACACACAAGGGUUGAAUUUAACUUUCUCUGUAUUAUGCCUGGUGACGUCCCAGUUCCUUUAAGCCUGGAAUCCCCUGAUUGGACACAAAUUAUUACUGAGAGAGUGAGAACAAUUGGCCAGUCAGUCAUGGACAUAGCGCUAUAAACCUCCAAUCUCCAAAUCUUUUCCAGAGUGAAAAAAAACGCUGUAUUUUUCUAUUGAUUUUAACACUGAAUGGUCAGCAUCUUUUUGACACUUUUUAUUAGUUUAAAUUGUGUAAAACCCACUGACAGAUGAAAAGGGUGACCAAUAAAAAAAUCAACAGAUUUUUACUGUUUUAUGAACAACACCAAAAGGGUAUACAGUCCCGUGAAAAAGUAUUUUUUCUCAGUACUAGAGGUCUAUAUAUGUUAUUCUUUCCAGAAGACCUUUGAAUAAUCUACUCAAGAUUUUUAUUGUGACUCUAGAGUGGACAAAGCCUCACGCCCCCCCGGGAGAUCUUGAGCACCCCACUGGAGAUCUUGGACUGAGGAUUUCUUUUAUGGGAUGUACACUGUGUGAGGAAAUCACACCAAUCAGGAGAGAAAUAACUGAGUGGGGGGCCCACUCUUCACAUAGCUGCUUAAAAUACUGACCACUAAACAAACCCAUUAACAGGUCUUUGAAUGUCAUAAGCCCAAAAGUGAAGAGCAUUCUCCAGUACAGGAUAAAGAGACAAUGUAAAAUAAAUUUGCAUGUCCAAGGAGAGCUUUAGAUCCUAAUGAGAGGGGUUAUCAAGCAGAAAAUAUUAGUAGGGAUGGGCAUCAUCUGAGCAGCUUGCUUAGCAGUUGAAUACUUUUGAAGUUUUCUGUUGCUUAAAACCUUUAAGAAGAUCAUUCCUGAUCAAUUGUUGAAUAUGCAAAGAUUUAGUAUUACCAAAGUUGUUUUUUUUUCUAUGUUAAAUGACAUUUUACUGCUACUUGACCUCUAAAAGGUUCAUUUGGAUGUCCAUGUACUCUCCUAGAAGGACAACACUCCUGUUUUUCUCAUUACCUUUCUACUUUUGGUUUGAAAAUUUUGUCCACAUUUGCAAACAAAAACUCAGCUUUUAUCUGUCUCUGCUAAUAAACUAAACCGCCGUGCUUAAAAUACAGUACUGUGCAGAAGUUUUAGGCAUGUAGAGCGCUAACGGUUCUUCAGAGGUCCUGAUGUUCCACAACCCCAGGCUGAAGAGAGGAGGGAGGGCGGCCAGAGUCAGUGUAGACACAUUUGACAUGUAUGUGUGUUGCUUAGCGGCCAAGGGUGAGCUUAACAGCAUUUCUUUCGUCCGGGCCUUUGCACCCCUGGUAAUACGCCCAGCAACGACCAACAGUUUUCAGGUGCUUAGAACAUACACACCACAACCAGGGGGUUGUGUCAACCUUCCUAC